AUGCAGCAGCAACAGCAACAGAUGCAGCAACAAAUGCAGCAACAAAUGCAGCAACAACAAAUGCAGUUGUACGUGCCUCAAAAUCCUUUUGCUCGCCUUCCUGGAAGAAGCAGCGUUGCCAGCAGUCACAGCAGCAGUGCCGCUUCCCCCAUUCCACCGACGACAGCUGUUGCUGCUCCUGCUGCUGCUGCGCCUCCUCCGCUUCCCCCUUCCUUGUCUCUUACGCCAUCGCUACAGCAGCUGCAGACGGCAACAACAGCUCCAGCAGCAGCAGCUCCAGCAGCAGCAGCUCCAGCAACAUCAACUUCAGCAGCAGCAGCUGCAGCAGCAGCUGCAGCAGCAGCUCCAGGACAGUUGCAGCGCGAAGACACGGGGGAUCCCUGUUCACGAGCUUCUUCUAAGGAGUCAAUACACGCAGCAGCUAGAGCAGCAGCAGCAACAACUGUCACAGGUGCAGCCUCCGCAGCCAGACAGGCGCAACAACAGCAACGCGAGGUGCCGCAGCAGGAGUUUCAGAAGCAUCAGGACUGGCAUUGCGACAAGGAUGAGUUUCAGCAGCAACAGCAGCAACAGCAACAGCAGCAGCAGCAGCAGCAGCGGCAGCAGCCACCUCAGGCACAGCAGCAGCAGCAGCAGCAGCAGCAGCAGCAGCAACAGCAGCAGCAGCAACAACCCCAACCGCAGCAGCAGCAACAACAACCCCAACCGCAGCAGCAGCAACAACAACCCCAACCGCAGCAGCAGCAGCAACAACCCCAACCGCAGCAGCAACAACUACCCCAACCGCAGCAACAGCAACAACUACCUCCGCAGCAGCAACAACUACCUCCGCAGCAGCAACAACAACCCCAACCGCAGCAGCAGCAACAACAACCCCAACCGCAGCAGCAGCAACAACAACAACCCCAACCGCAGCAGCAGCAGCCACCGAGCAUCCCGACUACCGCUGCCCUUCCCCCCGCAGCAGCGCCAGCAGUUGCGCCGUCAUUUUUGGCAUUUGCUGCAGAUGCAGGAUCCCCCUCACCAGCACGCGCAGCAGGUGCAGCCAAUGUUUCCUACAUUCCCUAUAAGGUCAAGAGCAGUUCGGCAGAGAGGCACCCUGAAGGCGUGCAAGGAGUCGCCUUUGCCCUCAGCAGCGGUGGCCUUUUUUGUGUGGCUAGCGGCGACACCAGUGUGGCCUGUUUCUCUCCGGAUGCCGCAGCAGCAGCAGGAGCAGCAGCAGGAGCAGCAGCAAGAGCAGCAGCGGCGGCUACCUGCCGUACAGACAACUGGACUUUGGCAGCUCCUGCUGCUCUUGCUGGAGCACAACGGAGACUUCGCUGCAGCGUCGCAACGGCUCUUCCCCAAAGACGAGCUGCAAGCGGCAGCGGCCGCUCCGUGGAUAGGGCGCUGGAGUCUCUGGCGAACGCCUUGGAGGCUUCGUCGAACUCAGUGGGGGCUGCUUCCGACCAGAAGAAUGCAGCAGCUGCAGAAGCAGCUGCCGUGUGCAGUAGGGGAGGAUGCUCUGUGUGGCUAGCUUCGCUUGCGCGCUUGUACAGAGUUCUUAGUAGGGCUUCCCUUCCGUCGCCUUCUCCUGGUAAGUGCCUUUGA